UUUGAACUUUGGACCAGAAAAAAGAAGAGCUGAGAGAUACAGUGGAGACUCUUUGGGGACAGAGGCAAAGCUACUGCAAAACAAAGUAAAUUGGAUAUUUAAGCCGAAUCUCUGGGACUUCUUUGGUGGUUCAACCAAAAGACAAUGGAGCCUUUCCAAGAACAGGGUUGUGAUGGCAUUGAACUGCUUGACUGGCUGUUUGAUCAAAACGAGGGAAUUCUCCGUCAUGAAGAAGCGGGACGCCAUGGCAACCAUCAAACUUGGCCAAUCCAGGAUCCAAAUAUGCAGCAGCCGGCUGAACAGGCAGAUGAUGACUUCCUCAACGCCCUCCUGAGUGGAAAUAAGUCCGUUUCAGGAUCCCCUUUCUGGUCCCCUUCUCCGAGUGACAGUGGGAUCAGUGAGGACCCCCCAUCAGAUCAGAUGGACAGCCCUCAGCGUCCUGAGAGCCCACCCGAGGAAGCGCACUAUUUCAGGACAAGGCCACAAACCAAGUUUGCCAUGCAGACCGAUGUCUCCACAGACCUUAAUGGUUGGGGGCUCACCUUCCCAAUUGGCAGGACAAGAAUCACACAAUGUCCCUCUGAUAUACAAAGACCACAGCUGUCCUCUGGAUUCCCUCUUACUGUCAAGGAUCUGCUUAUGUCGGGUACACCAGAUCCUACCCCACACCCAUCCCAACAGUCCAUUCAGGAGCUGGUUCUCAAUGAAGAUGAGAAGAAGCUUUUAUCAAAGGAGGGGGUGACUCUGCCCAACCAACUACCGCUAACAAAGUAUGAAGAAAGAAUCCUGAAGAAAAUACGCAGAAAGAUUCGCAAUAAGCAGUCUGCCCAGGAGAGCAGGAAGAAGAAGAAGGAGUAUAUUGAUGGGCUGGAAAGCAGGAUGGCCACCUGCAAUGCACACAACCAGGAGCUGCAGAGGAAAGUGUCCCAACUGGAGAAAUGCAACAUGUCAUUAAUGGAACAGUUGCGCAGACUGCAGGCUCUGGUCAUGAAUACAUCUAACAAGCCAGCCCAGACUGGAACAUGUGUGCUGGUACUCCUGCUGUCCUUCUCCCUAAUCCUGUUUCCCAGCCUAAAGCCCUUCUCUGACACCAAGGUCAGCCAGGGAGAUUUCAGUCCUGUCAGAAUCCAGUCACGGUCCCUGCAGAACCUUCAGGCAUCCCGCGUGCUGCAUGUUAUUGACCCUCCCUUCACUGCUGACGAGGAAUCCGAACCUCUGCACCGGUAUUUCCCAGGAGACAGAGGAUUAGACGAUAUAACUUCACUGAUGGGAAAGAUGGACGUGAACCAGGACCGGUCUGAUUUGGAGCCGCUGUCUCUGAACAGCAGUCAGGAAGAAAGGAUGAGUCAUUACCACGUGGACCCAAUCACUGGCCACAUAGCUACUGUAACCUUGGAUCCCCAGCGCUCUGCCAGGCUGAGACCACAUGCUGAUGACAUGUAGUAAAAAUUAAUCCCCACAUGAGUUCUUUAAUCCAUCCUCUUCAUACAUGGUCCCCCGGUGAAUUUCCCGAAUCUGCAUUUUACACAAACACGGAAAUGAGCCUCUAAUCUUUCUUGUAUUGGAUUGAGUAUAUAUUAUGUCUUAAGUGUGAUACUGUUUUACUAUGUAUGGAUUUGUUCUUAAACUGAAAUAGCUUGUCAGGAUGAAUUGUGUGAACUGUGGCCUUUGCCUAUUUUGUUUGAUAAAAUGUGUUUAAAAGGGAUCUAAAACUAGCAAAAUAAAUAAUGAUAAGUUUUAAUUUGAAAGGAUUAUUUGUAAAACUUCAAUGCAUUUUGAAAGCAUGUUUAAUUAAUGAUUGAUUGUUUUAAUGCGUUAAGAUGCCUCAAAUAAAGGUUUAAGCCAAAUCAGUUGUCUCAAAAUUGAA